AUGGAAUUUUUAGACUCGCUGUUGUUGGAGUCUUGGACUCUUUGGGUUGUUGGCUUGGCAGCUGUUGUCUGUCGACUAAUAGCUCGACGGAUGAAGAUUGGAAAAUGGAGUCUCUUGGCCAUUGAAGAUUAUCUCAUGGUCUUUGCUCUCCUCAACUUUACCGGUGUUGUCGUCUGCAUCAAUCAAGUCGCCAAGAAUGGCAGCAAUUACUUGCCCCCCGAUGUUGCCGCCAAUCUUACGCCCGAGGGAGAAGCCCAAGCCAUCUGGGGCAGCAAGAUGACAUUUGUCCUCGAGAUCUUUACCCUCACGGCGACUUGGACAGUCAAGGCAUGUCUGCUGUUGAUGUAUGGUCGGCUGACAGAAGGAACAUCGACGCGACAACGCUGGGGAGUCAGGGUCGUCGCUGCGUACUGCGCCGUGACUUAUGUGCUUGUCACGCUCAUGUUUGUAUUUUACUGGUGCAGUCCUACCUAUGAGUAUUGGAGGGUACCAGUCAAGAUCAUGCAAUGCGCGACGUAUUAUAACCACAUGAUCUUUGCGACGGCUUGCAACAUUUCAUCAGACUUGAUGCUUCUUCUCGUUCCUAUUCCUCUCAUGAUCAAGAUUCGAUUGCCACGCAAGAGGAAAAUUGGACUUUGCUGUGUCUUUGGUCUUGGCGUCUUCAACAUCCUCGCCGCCGUCUUGAACCGAUACUACAACUUCAGCAACCCCAACUCAUACGUCUUCCUGUACUGGUACGUCGCCGAGGUCGGCGUGGCCAUGUGCGUCGGAAACCUGCCCCUCUGCUGGCCAGUAAUCCGCCUCGCCCUCGGCUCCAAGGGCGACUCAUCAAAUCCUUCGUACCCAAACACAUCAUAUCCCGACAGCUCGGGUCGUCGCAUGCCCCAGAGCCGCCACACCUUGACCAGCAAGGCGUCGCUGUGGGCCAAGCUGGAUGAUGAGGAUGGGAGGACGGAGCUCUCUCGCGAGCAAGGCAGCGAGAUAGAGCUCGUGGGUCAGAAUGUGCCUGAUUUGGUGAAACAGCCUUAUCAGACUGAAGCUGAGAUCACGACUGGGCGUCCUCGACAUGGACACAAUUCGGGUGAUCAUAUCAUGGUGGUGACCAAGGUGGAUAUCACGACAAAGUAG